AGACGUCUUCUGGAUGAGCUCUUCCUAUGUGUGUGUCUGUUUAUAAACACUAAAUAAGUCGAAUAAACACGACGCGAGAUGUCCGAAACGGGUAACCGACUACGGAAGCUUCUCGAAUCUCCCAAUUUCGACCCUCAAAACUACGUGAAGCAGCUGUCCCAACAAUCCGAUGGCGACAGAGACCUUCAGGAACACCGUCAGAAAAUCCAAACGUUGGCCGAUGAGACGGCUCAAAACCUGAAGAAAAAUGUCUACAAGAACUACAGACAGUUCAUCGAGACGGCUAAAGAGAUCUCCUACCUGGAGAGUGAGAUGUACCAGCUCAGUCACAUCCUGACCGAGCAGAAGAGCAUCAUGGAGAGCAUCACCCAGUCCUUGCUGUCUACUGACAAAGAUGAAACCUCCAAGGAAAUGCAGGCUGCUUUCCCCAAAGAAACAGAGGAGGUGAAGCAGAGGACGCUGACCUCCCUGCUGGAGAAGGUGGAAGGGGGUAAAAACAUCAUGGACACCCCUGGGAGGCACUUGGUUUACAAUGGAGACCUUGUUGAGUUUGAUGUAGACAACAUGUCACCCAUCCAGAAGGUCCACGCCUUCCUGAUGAACGACUGCCUGUUGAUCGCCACCUGGCUGCCGAACCGCCGAGGCACGGUCAAGUACAAGUACAACGCCCUGUACGAUCUGGAGAGCUUCGCCGUGGUCAAUGUGAAAGACAACCCGCCCAUGAAGGACAUGUUCAAGAUCCUCAUGUUCCCCGACAGCCGCAUCUUCCAGGCCGAGAACAGCAAAGUCAAGAAGGAGUGGUUGGAGAUUUUAGACGAAACCAAGAAGAGCAGAGUCACCAAGGACAGGCACAAGAAAGAGGAGGAGGUCCCCACUUCUCCGGUCAGGGCCGAGGUGUCCACCAACCCCUUCGACAUGGAGGAUGAUGAGGACCAGGCAGGCGCUGAAGAGAACGUGGAUCUCAGCCUUGAGUGGAUCCAGGAGCUUCCCGAAGAUCUGGACGUGUGCAUCGCUCAGAGAGACUUUGAGGGCGCAGUGGACCUGCUGGACAAGCUCAACGAGUAUCUCAAAGACCAGCCGGUCACUCAAAGGGUGAAAGAGCUGAGGUCCAAGGUGGAUGAGCGUGUACGGCAGCUGACAGAGGUCCUUGUCUUCGAGUUAUCUCCAGAUCGGUCACUUCGUGGUGGACCGAAAGCGACCAGGAGAGCCGUGUCCCAGCUGAUCAGACUAGGCCAGUCCACCAAGGCCUGCGAGCUGUUUCUGAAGAACCGUGCCGCUGCAGUCCAGACGGCCAUACGCCAGCUCCGCAUCGAAGGGGCCACGCUGCUCUACAUCCACAAACUCUGCAACAUCUUCUUCACCUGCCUGCUGGAGACGGCCAAGGAGUUUGAGAUGGACUUUGCAGGGAACACGGGCUGCUACUCCGCCUUCGUUGUCUGGUCCAGAUCAACCAUGAGGAUGUUUGUGGAUGCCUUCAGCAAGCAGGUGUUUGACAGUAAAGAGAGCCUGUCCACGGCGGCGGAGUGCGUCAAAGUGGCGAAGGAACACUGCCAGCAGCUGACGGAGAUUGGCCUGGACCUGACCUUCACCCUACAGUCCCUGCUGGUCAAAGACAUCAAGGCAGGACUGCUGAGCUACAAGGACAUCAUCAUCGAAGCCACCAAGCACCGGAACUCAGAGGAGAUGUGGAGGAGGAUGAACCUCAUGACCCCCGAGGCUCUGGCUAAACUCAAGGACGAGAUGCGUACCUGUGGCAUGGGCAGCUUCGAGCAGUACACCGGCGACGACUGCUGGGUGAACCUGAGCUACACCAUCGUGGCCUUCACCAAGCAGAUGAUGAGCUUCUUGGAGGAAGGCCUGAAGCUCUACUUCCCCGAGCUGCACAUGGUGCUGCUGGAGAGCCUGAGGGAGAUCAUCCUGGUGGCCGUGCAGCAUGUGGACUACAGCCUCCGCUGCGAGCAGGACACCGAGAAGAAAUCCUUCAUCUUGCAGAAUGCGUCCUUCCUCCACGACACCGUGCUGCCCGUGGUGGAGCGCAGGUUCGAGGAGGGCGUGGGGAAGCCGGCCAAACAGCUGCAGGACCUGAGGAAAAGCACCAGGCCGGUCCGGAUCAACCCAGAAAGCACCACUUCUGUGGUCUGAGACUGAUGGGAACUACUUUUAAGUCACGUGACGAAAAGCAAAGCGUGAGACUGCAAAAUGGCCAAACACACACACCUAAACAUUGUUUUACCGACUUUUGUGGCUCACAUUGUAGAAAAACUGCUAGAUAUUGGUUGUUUUGACAGCGCAAAACAGGAAAUGAUACCGUGCACCUCAAAAAUAAACAUCAUUAGUGGUCUAAUAUUAGUUGCCUACCUAAGUUUGGGAUUAGGGACUCAGCAUUUUGUGAUCUUUUUUUCUAGGAGGUCACAUGAUAUGACUGAGAGCAGCAUAAUAAGUUACCUUAAGAUAGGUAUGAAUUACAAACACCUGAAUUUGUAUGAAAACUUAACAAAAUGUCUUAAUAUUGGCGGAUAUAGGUGGACAAUUAUCAUUGCUCUGAAAAAGCCUCUUCAAAUAUGUAUUUUUGCACAUUAAACUUGUUUCAUUUGUCAGUGAAAAAUCUCACAUUGACAGUUUAAUUAAACAUAAUGCUAGACACAUUGAACUGUGUUGUUUUUUUUUCAUGUCAGGAUGCAGUGAUAACCAAGAAGUCCACUGUUCCUUAAAUUUGUGUCAUAUGUGCAAUGAAUACCUGUUCGUUCAUGACUCAUUUCAAACAGCACAAACAGCUGAUAAAUAUAUGUGUGUAGCCAGACUUGUAAUACUGUGUACAGGUUUUAUUCUGAAAUGUCAUGACACAGCUAAUUCUAGACCUUGGCCAAAAUCUGAUGUUUUUGGAAUAUGUGUGUGCUGUCCAUGAAAAGCUUACGAUUAUGCUGUUUUGAAGUAAUAUGAUAUGAUGUUUGAUUCAAACUUCCCCCAGCUUUUCUUUCCACUGGACCUUUAUUGUACACUAAAUAGUGUUCCAGUGCGUUGGGACUGAUUUAAAAGGGAUGACCGAGACGAAAAAUGCACUGCACAUGAAAAUGAAUAAAGAUCAACU